AUGGAAAAUUAUUUCUCUCCUCUCUGUCCUCUUUUCUCUCCUCUGCCUCCCCUCUCGUCUCUCCUCUGUCUUCCCUCUCGUCUCUCCUCUGCCUCCCCUCUCGUCUCUCCUCUGCCUCCCCUCUCGUCUCUCCUCUGCCUCCCCUCUCGUCUCUCCUCUGCCUCCCCUCUCGUCUCUCCUCUGCCUCCCCUCUCUUCUCUCCUCUGCCUCCCCUCUCGUCUCUCCUCUGUCUUCCCUCUCGUCUCUCCUCUGCCUCCCCUCUCGUCUCUCCUCUGUCUUCCCUCUCGUCUCUCCUCUGCCUCCCCUCUCUUCUCUCCUCUGCCUCCCCUCUCGUCUCUCCUCUGCCUCCCCUCUCGUCUCUCCUCUGCCUCCCCUCUCGUCUCUCCUCUGCCUCCCCUCUCGUCUCUCCUCUGUCUUCCCUCUCGUCUCUCCUCUGCCUCCCCUCUCUUCUCUCCUCUGCCUCCCCUCUCGUCUCUCCUCUGUCUUCCCUCUCGUCUCUCCUCUGCCUCCCCUCUCGUCUCUCCUCUGUCUUCCCUCUCGUCUCUCCUCUGCCUCCCCUCUCUUCUCUCCUCUGUCUUCCCUCUCGUCUCUCCUCUGCCUCCCCUCUCUUCUCUCCUCUGCCUCCCCUCUCGUCUCUCCUCUGCCUCCCCUCUCGUCUCUCCUCUGUCUUCCCUCUCGUCUCUCUCUCUCCUCUGCCUCCCCUCUCGUCUCUCCUCUGUCUUCCCUCUCGUCUCUCCUCUGCCUCCCCUCUCGUCUCUCCUCUGUCUUCCCUCUCGUCUCUCCUCUGCCUCCCCUCUCUCUCUCUCCUCUGCCUCCCCUCUCGUCUCUUCUCUGCCUCCCCUCUCGUCUCUCCUCUGCCUCCCCUCUCGUCUCUCCUCUGCCUCCCCUCUCGUCUCUCCUCUGCCUCCCCUCUCGUCUCUCCUCUGCCUCCCCUCUCGUCUCUCCUCUGCCUCCCCUCUCGUCUCUCCUCUGCCUCCCCUCUCGUCUCUCCUCUUCUCUGCCUCCCCUCUCGUCUCUCCUCUGCCUCCCCUCUCGUCUCUCCUCUGCCUCCCCUCUCGUCUCUCCUCUGCCUCCCCUCUCGUCUCUCCUCUGCCUCCCCUCUCGUCUCUUCUCUGCCUCCCCUCUCUUCUCUCCUCUGCCUCCCCUCUCGUCUCUCCUCUGCCUCCCCUCUCGUCUCUCCUCUUCUCUGCCUCCCCUCUCGUCUCUCCUCUCCUCUGCCUCCCCUCUCGUCUCUCCUCUGCCUCCCCUCUCGUCUCUCCUCUUCUCUGCCUCCCCUCUCGUCUCUCCUCUGUCUUCCCUCUCGUCUCUCCUCUGUCUUCCCUCUCGUCCCUCAAUGUCAGGCGCGCACGUGAGAUCGCCUUUUUGUCUUCGAGGGGUGAGGACAAGCGCCUCGGACACGUCUCCACCUCCCCCGAGUGA